UCGUUGUCCAGUCCGGUCAGUGCACAUUUCGCGACAUCGUCGAUCGUCGGCAGACCGCACCGGGUGGCGUCAUCCCUAAUAAAUUUCGUUCGUUUGUCCCGCUACGUCCAAUUAGCACAAACACUCGCACGAAUUUGGCUCCGACAAAUUCCUAGUCUGGAACGUCGGCGGUGCGUUUAUCUAAAGUUAAAUAUUAGUUCUAACUAGUGGCGUGGCACGGGGCAGAAUCGGCUGGAAUCGACCCAGUCUUCAAGGUGUAGAACCCAAGUGUGGUGUGGUGUGGAGGAACAGCGACAAUGGCGGCGGCCCCCGAAGAGUGCACCGAGUGGUUGCUGGAACAAAAGUGUCGAGCUGGACUCGCCGCGGCAACCGACAAACCCCUGAAGAUUGACGUAAUCGAUUUGACGCUACUGCUGAAGAGUAUGGGCCUGAAGCUGGAGUUCCUGAACUUUGAGCAGGAGAAAUCCAACGCGGACACAUUUACGGUGGAGAUCAAGUGCAACCGAUCCGGCGUGCGUGCCAAGCUGGCGUACGAUCUGAUCGAGUGCACCUGUCCGGAGAAGGACGAAAAGGAAGCCUCGUUUUGGGAGGUUCAGGGAACGGGGCCGAAAGCGUUCUCCAAGGGGCGGAAUGACACCUCGUCGAACCUGCUGCCGGAGGUGUCGGAGAACUGCUCGAUGGUGUCCAAGGCGAUGCUUACGAACCUACUGGAUUUCUACAAAAGCAGUAUGAAGAGCGUUGAACGCGGCGAAGACGUGCUGAACUCACCGUUGAGGGUCGCAACACCGAGGAUCUGCGUAACGAGCCCGACGGGACAGGGUUCGCCGCCGGACGGUGCUCACUUUGCUGACCGUAACGCUUGGAACCGUUCCACGGACUUUGACAGCAAGAUGGAUCCGGCGCUCAGCCCGAUGAAGCCCAAAUCGGCCGAGGGAUCUGUUCCAAGUUCGUCCGGGGCGUCCAGUCAACACGACGAUACCAAGUCAAACAAUUCCUCCGAGGGGAUGGAGAUAAACAACGCCACGCGAGAGCUGUACAAUACCGAUUCCAACGAAAAGGUGGCGAUUAUGCCGACCCCGGAAAAGCCAACCGGGUUGCCCGACGACAGCUCGUUCGCCAACAGCGAAGCCAUGCAAGCCAUCAUCACGUCUAGUCCGAACGAGAAGAUCUUCGAGUCUCUCAUGCGGGCGAACCAAAACGAUGAACGGGACGCCAACGUAAUCCACUGCCUGCAGCAGGCUCGCCACCAAAUCGAUGCCGCGUUGCUCGUCAUGAAGCUGAACAAUCCCCACGGUCCGGACGUGACGCAAACCUCAACCAUCACCACGACGCCACAAACGGUGAUCCGCAAAGCAACAGCGCUCCCAAAGUUCCCCGAUCGAACUGCUUCUCUCGGUGGCAUCAAUCGGCGGAUGUCACUGCCAGGCCCCCUGGGACGUACCCCCACCGGCGACCAGUCCAAGUCCACGACCAUCCUCGGCAGCGGUGGCAGUCUGCUCAAGAAAAAGGUCUCCCAACUGGUGACCACUUCGUCCAAGGUUAUCGCCAACCGCGGUGACACCCCCCGGCCAAACCCAGCCCAGCUCAAGGCCGUAUCGGCGCUCCGCAAAACCAACUCGGCCUCGUCGGUCCUUGGAGCAGCAGCACCGAAAGUGACGGUCUCCGCUCCCGCCAAACCGGCGCCUGUGAAGAAGACUGCCGUUAAGGCGUUGGUGGGAAGUGUGCGGCCACCCGCGGUAGGAGUGAAACCGGCGGCCGGUGCUAAGGCCGCUGGGGGUGGUGGUGGCACUACGGGAGCCGGAGGUGGCAAGAAGUGAACCGCAACGCAAUUGUAUAACUUCGCGGUGGCCAUACUAGCGACUGUACUCGUGAUUACGUAUUUAUUGGUUGUAUCUAACAUUUUGUCCUCUUUGAUUUCCGAGACUGUUCCGUAGGACUAAGGAUGUUUGAAUAAAGUUAUUUCUUUUAUGUUUCAUUAGUAUCCUAUA